UCCACUUCCCUUCUUCUAUUCUUCCCCUUCUUCUAUAAUAUAAAACCCAAAAAAUAGAAAGUGCGAAAAAAAGUUUGAGAAUAAAGUUGUUGUUCAACUGAACUAUCUAUCUAUCUAUGGCAACUCCAGAUGAAGUACUAGCACUGAGGCAGAUUCAGGAGCACCUGUUUGGGGAAUUGUCGCCGACGGCGUUGUUUUUUGGACCGGAGCUUGUCAUUGAUGGGGACAGCAACUUGGGAGCUUCAAAUUGCAGCUCCCAGUCUCAAUCCCAAUCUGACUCGUUGUUUGGCUCUGAUUCGGCGAGCUAUGAUCAUGAUCAUAACUCUAAUUCUAAUUCUUCUCCUUCUUCCCCCGUCCCAAUCACUGAUUACUUAAGCACAGCUGAUGAAGCUGAAAAGAAACAGAAUCACUGUUUCGAUCAUUUCGCUCAAAACUCGGUUAGUUUUGAGCGAAAUGAUCCCGAUUUCUUCAAACACCGUCAAACUAAUACAAUAAUAAAUUUUUCUCGAGCUCCUAAAUUCGAAACCAUAGAUUUCUCAGAAUUUGAACAGAAACCUCAAGUUAUCGACCUGACAUCGACGCCAAAACCUCCUCAGAGUGCAAGAGACAGGAAGCCUUCCCUAACGAUUCUGCCUCCGGUGAAGAAAUGUGCAAGAGACAGGAAGCCUUCCCUAACGAUACUGCCUCCGGUGAAGAAAUUUGAGUGGAUCGAGUUCAGCGAGUCCACUCAUUCCAAGCAGGUGACUGAGCCAGCUCGCCAGAUGUCCCUCCCCAUCCAGUCAACUCAGCCGAAGAAGGCUGCGGAGGAUCAGAGGCACUACAGAGGCGUCCGGCAGAGGCCGUGGGGCAAGUACGCGGCCGAGAUUCGAGAUCCCAAGCGACGCGGCUCGAGAGUCUGGCUUGGCACCUUUGACACCGCUAUCGAAGCAGCUAAGGCUUACGACAGGGCGGCGUUUAAAAUGCGCGGGAGCAAAGCCAUUCUCAAUUUUCCGCUGGAAGCUGGUAAGCACGCUUCUGAGUCAAGUGCCUCCAGCAGCAACAAGCGGCGGAGAGAGGCGGAGGAAGUGGUGGUCAAGGAAGUUAAAAAGUGUCAGACUCCAUCGGUGGUUAAAAGUGAGCCACGUGCCUCUAGCAGCAACAAGCGGGGGAGAGAGGCGGAGGAAGUGGUGGUUAAGGAAGCCAAAAAAUGUCAGACUUCAUCGGCGGUUAAAAGUGAGCCGGAGUCAGAAUGGCCCUUUACACCGUCGAGUUGGAGUGCGAUGUGGGAGCAGAAUGUGGAUGGAGUAUUUAACUUUUCACCGUUAUCUCCGUCAUCUCCACAUCCACCUCUGGGCUAUGCUCAAGUGAGGGUGAUGUAAUUGACAGAGGAUGGAGGGUUUUGAUUAUUUGAGCAAAGUUUUUGUAAAUAUUUUGUGCAAGGAUGAUGGAGGCAAACGAGCAAAAUAUAUAUAUAUGCUAGGAUUUAACUCAAGUUGUGAUCAGAAAUCUUGGAUUGAAAAACCCAAAAUUUCUAAAGCGGAUUUGUUGAUACGAAAUUAAAAGAAACUCCAAUG